CAGAAGCAGAAUCAGCAUCAGCAGCAGCAACAGAUAUAUCAUCAGCAGCAGCAGAAGCAGCAGCAGCAGCACGAGCAGGAGCAGCAGUAGCAGCAGCAGCAGGAGUAGAGGAAAAAAAGAAUAAAAAAAAAGAACGUCGUUAUUGUUUUUAUGUACCUGAGAUAGAUGGUGUGAAGCUGCAAACCAUCGAAGAGGCAGCAGCAGAAGCAGCAGCAGCAGCAGCAGCAGCAGGAGCAGCAGCAGCAGCAGCAGGAGCAGGAGCAGCAGCAAAUAGUUCUCCUCCUCCUCAGCACCUAAAGGGGAUCCUUAGAGGGUAUGGAGAAAACGUUCCUAGGUGGGGAGAAGACGAUCCCGAGUGGGGAGGAGACGAUCCCACGCUGGGAGGAGACGAUCCCAGGAGGGGAGGAGACGAUCCCAGGCCGGGAGGAGACGAUCCCAAGAGGGGAGGAGACGAUCCCAUAUGGAGGAGACUGAUGGACUUUGAUUGGAGUUAUGGAUUCGUUAUGCAGAUAAUCCUGAUGUCUUUGGUAAAUUAA